UCAUGCUGCUGCCAGGUCCAGAGUCUCUCAUGGGUCCCUGUACGGCCUCCCAUUGCUGCUGUCUCCAUCGCCACACUCUGCCAUGUGCCACUUUCAGGUCUCCUCACACUGCUGGUGUGUUCCAUUUUGUCAUAGGGUGCUGGCAGAUUACGGGCCUCCCAUAGCUGCUGCCAGGCCCCUAAUCUGCCAUGGGCCCCUAUACCGCCUCCUCAUGCUGCUGCCAAGUCCAGAGUCUCUCAUGGGGUCCCUGUACGGCCUCCCAUUGCUGCUGUCUCCAUCGCCACACUCUGCCAUGUGCCACUUUCAGGUCUCCUCACACUGCUGGUGUGUUCCAUUUUUUGUC